GGGCGCGAAAGCUCGAACAGUGUCGCCUGACUGGAGACGGCGGGAGCAGCUGCACCCCGGCUAAGAAACUGGAGACCUGCUCCGUUACAGCGAAGCGCCGGGGAAGCCGGAGUCAUGACCGGCGAAGUAGUUUCUGAGGUUCACCUAGAAAUCAGUGAUUCAAAGCUCAUUUCACAGGAAGAAGCCAAUAGUCCUUCAGACAGUGGACAAGGCAGCUGCGAAACCAUUGUAUCCUUGAGUGACGGAGAUUCAGAUGAAGAGAUAUUCGUGAGUAAGAAAUUGAAAAGCAGGAAGGUGCUACAAGACAGUGAUUCUGAGAGAGAGAACACAAAUGCCUCUCCAGAGAAAACUCCCUAUGACAGUGUUGAGGAAAAUAAAGAGAAUUUAUAUGCCGGAAAAAGUGGAAAAGUCAGAAGGAUUCAUAAAACUCUGGCAGACAGUGCUGAAAAUGACAUCGAGGAGUCUUUGUAUCAGGAAAACCUUGAAACCCAGGUGAUGCUUUGCUUAGAGCAGAGUCUCCAAUCUGAAAACUCUGUGGACUCCCCAGUUGACAGAAAGAUUUCCAAAAAACUCAAACAUGAUAAAGAAGGAACUGAAGGAAAAGCAAAAGUAAAAUCAAGGAGAAGACUUGAGAAAGAGGAAAAAAAGAUGGAAAAAAUCAGGCGGCUAAAAAAAAAGGAAACAAAAAAUGAGGAAGAUGAUGUAAAACAGCCAUUUAAUGACAGUGGCUGUCUUCUUGUGGAUAAAGACCUUUUUGAAACUGGGCUAGAGGAGGAGGAAGAGGAAAAUGACUCUGCAUUGGAAGAUGAAGAGUCAUUAGAAUCAAUAAGAGCAGCUGUGAAAAACAAAGUAAAAAAAUACAAGAAAAAGGAACUGUCUUUGGAGAGUGGAGUGUAUCCGUUUGGAGAAGAAACUGAGUCGUCAAAAGGCACCAUAAGGAAGGAAAGAAAGGCAGCCAGAUUAAGUAAGGAAGCGUUAAAAAAACUGCAUAGUGAAACCCAGCGCCUUAUUCGAGAGUCUGCACUUAAUCUUCCAUAUCAUAUGCCUGAGAAUAAAACCAUUCAUGAUUUCUUCAAACGUAAACCCCGACCCACUUGCCAGGGAAAUGCCAUGGCACUACUGAAGUCAUCUAAGUAUCAGUCAAGCCAUCCCAAAGAAACCACAGACACUGCAAAUACAAGUGAGAAGAGUAAUGACCACCAUAGCAAAGAUUCUGAGCAGACAACAGGUGUAGGAUAUGAAAUGGAAAUUCAUGCCCUCCCUGCAGUUUCAAAGGAACCCCAGAUGACUACUGGAUCAGACGAGUCUUGCAGUAAGGAUUUGAUGGGAAGUGAAGAGCAAGAAAUUCAGGAGAAACAGAAGCAGAGUGACAAUAGACCUUCACCUGAGGACAGCUCUGUGGCACCACAGGAAUCCAGCUUCCUCAGGAAUGAGGACAAGGAUUGUCAAGCCAGAGGGCUUGUGGCACCUGAACCUCAUGCUCUGGUGGAAGAGGAAAUCCUGAAGAAAACCGGAGAGGCAGAUGAGAAGGUGGAGGAGCCUGGGCAGCAAACCAAAUCAAUAAUUGUGCCACCUGAAAAAGUGAGGAGGUUCACUCUGGAUAGACUUAAGCAACUGGGGGUAGAUGUUUCCGUUAAACCUCGACUGGGUGCUGAUGAAGAUUCCUUUGUGAUACUUGAAGAACCUGAGACCAACAGAGAACUGGAAGCCUUGAAACAGCGUUUCUGGAAGCAUGCUAACCCAGUGGUCAAGCCCAGGGCUGGUCAGAAGGUGAAUGUGAACAUCAUAGUGAAAGGCAUGGAUACUGAUGGAAAGGAAGAGCUGAAGGCAGAUGUGGUACCUGUGACUUUGGCCACUGAGAAGCUGGAUGGAGCAGGCCACACAAAGCCAGGUGAAAAGCUUCAGGUGCUGAAAGCCAAACUACAGGAAGCGAUGAAACUCCGUAGGCUUGAGGAGCGCCAAAAGCGGCAAGCAUUAUUUAAGUUAGAUAAUGAAGAUGGAUUUGAAGAAGAGGAAGAGGAGGAAGAAAUGACGGACGAAUCAGAGGAAGAUGGAGAAGAGGAGGAAGAGAGAGAUUUAGAGCAAGAAGAGGAAGAUUUAGAGCAAGAAGUGGAGGAAGAAGGCAAUCAGGAGAUUGCAGAAUUCCUUCUCGGUAGUGAAGAAAUAGAAACCAAAGACGAGAAAGAAAUAGAUAAAGACAACAGUGAUGGCAGUAGUGACAUUGGGAAAUCAGUUGGACUUCUGUCUGUCCCCAAGCCUCUGUCAUCCGAUUCUACCUUACUUCUAUUUAAGGACAACUCUUCCAAGAUGGGUUACUUUCCUAGUGAAGAAAAAUCAGAAACAGAUGAAAUCUCAGGCAAAAGGUCUAGCAAACUGGAUGAAGAUGAUUCAUGUUCAUUGCUAACAAAGGAGAGCAGCCACAAUAGUAGUUUUGAGCUGAUUGGCUCCACGAUUCCAUCCUAUCAGCCUUGCAACAGACAGACAGGACGCGGGACCAGUUUUUUCGCUACACCAGGAGGAUUCAGAUCUCCUUCCCCUGGGCUAUUUCGAGCCAGUUUGGUCAGCUCAGCUUCUAAGAGUUCAGGAAAGCUGUCUGAGCCUUCACUUCCCAUAGAGGAUUCCCAGGAUCUGUAUAACGCCUCCCCAGAGCCCAAGACACUUUUCCUAGGAGCCGGAGACUUCCAGUUCUGUUUAGAAGAUGACACUCAGAGCCAACUGUUGGAUGCAGAUGGGUUCUUAAAUGUUAGAAACCACAGGAAUCAGUACCAAGCUCUGAAGCCAGGGUUGCCAUUGGCCAGUAUGGAUGAGAAUGCCAUGGAUGCGGACAUGGAUGAGCUGUUGGAUCUGUGUACUGGAAAGUUCCCAUCUCAGACUGAAAAAUCUCUGCCCAGGAAGAACGACAAGAAAGAGAACCUAGAAGAACUUCUGAAUCUUUGUUCAGGAAAAUUCAUUUCUCAGGACGCCUCUACUCUGGCUCCAUCAGAGUUAAAUAAACAGGAGAAGGAGAGCAGCUUGGGGGAUCCCAUGGAAGAAGCACUUGCUCUUUGCUCAGGUUCUUUUCCCACAGACAGGGAAGAAGAAGGUGAAGAGGAGGAAUUUGGAGACUUUCGGCUUGUCCCAAAUGAUAAUGAGUUUGAUAGUGAUGAGGACGAACGCAGUAACUCUGAUAAUGAAGAUCUGGCACUGGAAGACCAUGAAGAUGGUGAUGAGGAAGAGCUCCUGAAGCAGUCUGAGAAGCUGAGAAGGCAAAUGAGAUUGAAGAAAUACCUGGAGGAUGAGGCAGAGGUGUCAGGGAGUGACGUGGGAAGUGAAGAUGAGUAUGAUGGGGAAGAGCUGGACGAAUAUGAGCAGGAGGAAAUUGAUGAAGUGCUUCCUUCUGAUGAGGAGCUGCAGAAUCAGAUCAAGAAAAUACACAUGAAAACGAUGUUGGAUGAUGAUAAGCGACAGCUACGUUUAUACCAAGAGAGGUACCUCGCUGAUGGGGAUCUGCAUAGUGAUGGUCCUGGCCGAAUGAGGAAAUUCCGAUGGAAAAACAUAGAUGAUGCUUCCCAGAUGGACUUGUUCCACAGAGACUCUGAUGAUGAUGAGAUCGAAGAGCAGCUUGAUGAGACAGAAGCCCGUUGGAGGAAGGAGCGAAUUGAACGAGAGCAGUGGCUUCGGGACCAGGCACAGCAGGGAAAAAUUGCAGCUGAAGAAGAAGACAUUGGGGAAGACAGUCAGUUUAUGAUGCUAGCCAAGAAGGUUACAGCCAAAGCACUACAGAAAAAUGCCAAUCGCACUGUGGUUAUGCAAGAACCAAAAUCUUUACUCAGAAAUCCUUUUGAAUCCAUCAGUCCGGAAAGUGCCCACCAGCCGAAGACAGGCUCACUGCUAAACCAGCCCAAAGCUGUGCUUCAGAAACUGGCUGCCCUCUCUGACCUGAACCCCAGUGCACCUCGAAAUUUAAGAAACUUUGUCUUCCAUACACUUUCUCCUACCAAGGCUGAGGCAGCGAAGGAAUCGUCUAAGGCUCAGGUAAGGAGAAGAACUCCAUCUUUAAUGACAUCCCCUUCACCUAAGCGCCUCAAAACAGACGAUAGCACUUCAGGAUUGAAGCAAAGCAUCUUCAGAUACUUGGAAAGCUAACAUCAUCAAGGGUGCUGGCACCUUUGCUGAGACUGCUUUGAGAAGUUCCUGGUGCUGAAGAUUGGAAUUGGAAUUGAUGCUCACAUAGAUGAUCUCCACUCCCCACCCUCCUUUGUAAUCAGCGCAUUAAGAUUACAGACAGAGAUUCCAAUUCUUUCCACUGCAUCGCUCUGGACAUCUUUUUCCUUUCCUAAUAUUAUUUCCUGGGUUGGCCACUAAUCUUAAUUCUGCAGUGUUUACAACAUUAACCCAUGGCUGCUUGGGUGAAGGCUCACUUCCUCCAUUGUGUAUUUGGCAUUUUAGCCUAGCAGACUCUUAGGUUGAUAGCUCUUUGUGAAAUGGGUGGUUGGAGGAGGAGAAGGAGGAAAAAGUGUGGCAUUACGGAAAAUUCCAAAAAACAGGGAAUGUUGAUACCAGAAGGAAUCCUUCACACCCUAAGAUGUACCCCACAGUGACCUGGACUCAGUAAAAGAGAACUUCUUGGAGGACCUUGGAACCCGCUGAUGGGCUGUUAUAUUUAUCUUGCCCCUUCCAUUUUCCCAUAUGCCUCUUCCCAAGGCAGCCUCAACUUGCCAAUUAACUUAUGCUUUCCUUAUGGUAAGGAUGCAAAUCGGUACCUUAAGUCAGAAAGAUGUUGACCCUUAUUUUCUGGAUUAUGAGGAUGAAGAUAAAGGGUUGCACACACCCGGUGUCUAUCCACAUUACCCCAUGGGACAGAGAGAGCUCUCUCCUCCAGGAGCUACAUUCUCAACAUGGAACAGUGUUGCUCAAUGACCUCCCUUCUCAUCCUGGCAAAAAGACAUAUAACCAUUAUUUAUUGCACACAACGGGGUUUGUUUAUUACAUUGCUCUAACCAGAGGACAACACUUCAUCGCUAUUUAGAGAGAAAACCACUAUCAAGUUUAUAAUCAAAAUAUUGUUGAAGAGAAUGGUUCCCCACUCCCAAUUUUCCCUGAACAAUCAUGAGGCUCUCAGAAUUCUAGAUAGAUUUUUUUCAUCCCUCUCAAAACUGAGUGUCACUGCUACUUUGGAAAAACAUUCCAUGUGAAUAUGGCGGACUUAAGAAAUUGGAUGAAUUGUGCCAGUUUGUUACAGGCAGAUAGGGAACACCAAUUUAAUUGCUGGAGUUAGGGCAUAGGUUUUCUACAGUUGUUUCUAAUAUACAAGAUGCUGACCUUGAAUGUGUAUAUUUGUAAUCUUGUAAUGGGAAAAAUGUAUAUAAAGAUGUUUUAAUAUGUAUGUAGCAUUUCAAUAAAACUCAAUGCCUAAAGGCAGGGUUUGCCCUCCA